AUGGAAGCGAAUGGUUUCGUGAGAAGGCGUCUGACAGCAGAGAGAGCAGGCGGGGAUGCCGGGGUUGCUGGAGCGUCAGCCGGCGCAGAGGUCCGAUGGCUCGGGGGAAGGAUCUGGGGAGUGUCGGAGAGCCUCGUUGGGAGUUUGUCUCCCAGGAUCGGAGGCGAGACAGAGAUUCAGAAUGUAAUUCAGUUCAGCGGCGGCCCUCCUGAAGUAACGUUAGUAGAUACUUCGGAACCGGACUAUGAGGGUUUGCCGCAGGGCGCUUCGACCAGCACCCACAUGUUUGCAGGAGCAGUGGCUGGGAUCAUGGAGCAUUGCCUGAUGUUCCCCAUCGACUGUGUCAAGGUAACGUGGUAUGCUGGGCUAGCGUUUAGACGCUAACUAGUUGUAACUGACUGAUAUUGGAACUUGGGCACAUUACAUGGGAUGGAUUCCGUUGACUCGUCAGUCAUGACAUGAGGCUUCAACUUGUUUGUCAGGUCACAGCACAAGCACAGACGAGGCAAGGUCGAAACCGGACAGGCUAACAUUUCAGCUAGGGAACUAAUUUAGCAUGUUAGCUAACUAACUUCCAUCCACUGCGAAUUUAUGUGGACCUACUAACCCUUCUUGCUAGGUAGGUUAGAUAACGUUAGCAAGUUAGCCAACAAAACUGCACACGAGAUUUGUCACAUUAUUUCUCGGCAUCAACACGGUAGUAGCUUAAUUUUGGCAUGCAGGAUUUCAUUUAAGUUAAUAGGAAAACUUUUAGCAAACAGUGUAUUUUGCAGUUGUUAGCAUCAUCUCCUUAGCUAGAUAGCCAUUUUAGCUAACGUUAGCUAGCUAACCAAACCAACAAGGUCGGCCUGUGCAUCAGCUCGAGCCUGGGGGUCAAUGUUGAUUAGCUAGUAGCAAGCGAGCUAGCGCCUACUAGAAUGAGGUUAGGCUUAUCAUUUUCACAAUGAAUGUUAGCUGGCUACUUUAUUCCGUAUUUUCAUGAGCAGAUUUUCGAAGCUGUUUUGAUACUUCUCAAAUUAAAUGAAGUGAUGUGUUAUUUGCUUUGGGGAAGGAGACAGAGUUAGCAUGAAGCAGCACGUGUGCCCCUUUUCCUGUACAUACAAGCCAAAACAAUGUACAGCGCAUUGAUAGCGCUAUUGACAUACUACUACAAACUGCUUACAUACUACUAUUAACAACUUCUCCGUAUUUUCUGAACAUUCACUGUAUUCAAGAAGAGAAGCCAUAUGUGGGAGAAACCACGAGCACCCUUCUGUCAAAAUAGUCUCUACACUUUGCAGCACAAAAACAUAGCCGAGCUACAAGCAGCUUUUAACUAGGCAGAGAAUGCAUAAACGCUGGUGUGGUCUUCUAAGUCAAUGUUAACUGCUACCUGGCUGGCAGGAUUUAGGUGGGGUGAAACUGUUCAUUGUUUACAGAAAAUACAGGGCUGGAUGUUCUGGGAUUAAGAGUACAAUGCUACUCUGUUGUGCUAAUUGUGCAGAAUUAGGCAGACAAAUUGCCUCUACCACUGCACACUUUUAAGAAUCAAAGUUCUGUUAUUAUCAUAAAACUUUAAAUUAGUUUUGGAUUAUGUACUUAGCCGGGAUGGCUCGGGUGUUAUGUAAACAAGAGAUGAUAAAUUACAUUGGCCUGCCUGUGCAGUUUUGACAGGGCCACUCAAUGAUUUAGGUCUACUCUGUAAAGGGAUGUAACACAUGAGCCAUGCCAAUGUCUGGUAUCUUCCUAUCUUGUGGUCCCUGUAGAGCAGGGGUCUCCAACCCUGUUCCUGGAGAGCUACCCUCCAACCCGAGUUGUAAUUAACUUGGUUCAGUUUAUCAACCAGCUAAUUAUGAGAAUCAGGUGUGCUAGAUUAGGGUUGGGGUGAACCUACAGGACGGUAGUUCUCCAGGAACAGGGUUGGAGAGCCCUGCUGUAGAGAGUCAUGAGUUGGUCCUUGAUGGAAAUAAUUGUGUACUACUACGCAGAGACAGAGCAACAGAGUGAGAGUGGUAUGGUAGGUAGGGAGAGGAGAGGAGUCAACUGUUUGUGUCAGGUGGGAGAGCAGGGCUCUCUCAGAACAAAGCAGAGAUUCAUCCAUCUUUCCCAGCUGUAGUUCCCACCUCUGAUCCAGGUGCUGCUCACACAACUUGGGCUGUGUCUCAAUAGUCGGAAGUGGCUUCCUCUCCCUGUCUCCUCUCUUUUCACUGACAUGAAACGACAGUCGAAACAAAGCAUGUUCCCAGUGUGCAUCCAGCCACCAUGUUGCUUCACAUGUAGGCUACUGUGUUUUCAGAUCCGUACAGGCGAAGGAGAUGAGAUGAGAUGCGGCGAGGAUGUAUCUUUAGAGUAAUGAGGUGCAGCCCAGACAGUGAAAUUUUCUGCCUGCUGAGGAAGGGCAGCCUGAGCUAGACACUACACAGACUCACAGAUCUAUAAAUCAUGUCACCUGUCAAACAACAUGGCAUUAACUGGCCCUACUUAUAAACACAUUACCAGAUCUCUACAGAUGCAGGAGACCUAGCUCAAGCUGACAGCUGACCCCAGUGGACUAGCACUGACAGACACACAAACACAGUUAAAAAUCCUUGGAAAAUAGCAUGCAGGGGUUGUGACACAGAUUGCAUGGUAGAGAUAAUGUCGUAACUUGUUGAGGUUAGACAAGCUCUCUGCAAUACACAACCAUACCAUAGGCUACAUAUACCCGUGUGUCAGGGCAGAGGGAACUGUUUUAAUUUCAUAUAACUUUUAUUUACAGAUUAGUCACAUUGAGACAUUGACAUCAAAUAUCUUGCAGGAAAGACCGUUUCAAUAUGGCAGCAAUCUGCAAAGAUGCACAUAAAUACAUUUAAAUCUCUUAAAGGUCCAGCAUUCCACAUAGCCUAUAGGGGUGGCCUGAGGCCCUGUUUACAGUUCCUGGAAAGCGUGCACACACCAGUGCAGAACGCAAUCAGCAUGUGAGAGUCCAGGGCCUCUCCUUUGCUUGUGGUCAUUAUUAGUAGACCCUCUAUGCUUCUCACAGCACUAGCCUUACAGUGAGACGAUUAACCCUGACACACUGGCCCAACGAUAAGGAUUGUGUGUGGGGUCAGGUUGUGUGAGUGCUGCUGGUGAGACAGAUGCUUACAGGAAGUCAGCAUAUGUCCCUCUCUGACCCUGGGGUCUCGUUAUUCAACACUUCCUUCUAUUCAACUGGGCUUGACUACUCAACAUUUUCAAAAUAUUUAGCGGGUGGAAUGUAUAAGCACUGACUACUUACUGUGUUUUGAUUGGUUAGCAGUGUAUUCAUCCCACCUCUGCUCAGACUUCAUUGGUUACUAACAUGGUAGUUGCUCAAAUGUACGGUAAACGUUAUGGUUGCAGUAAGGUUAGGUAUGGACGGAAGUUUAUGGUUAGGUUAUGACUAGGGUAGUCAGUAGGUGUGUGACCUCUAACCUGUCUCCCCUGUGUAGACGCGUAUGCAGAGCCUACAGCCUGAGCCUGCUGCCCGCUACCGGAAUGUGAUGGACGCGCUUAGGCGAAUCAUAACCACAGAGGGUGUCUGGCGACCAAUGAGAGGGCUGAAUGCCACGGCCGUGGGGGCGGGACCGGCACACGCUCUCUACUUCGCCUGCUACGAAAAACUGAAGAAGAGUCUGGGUGACGUCAUCCACCCCGGGGCUAACAGCCAUCUGGCCAAC